AUGACUUUGGCACAGACCAAUACGAUUCGAUCACAUGUUGAUAAAUUUGUACAACAAAAAUCUGAUCAUGAGUGGUUGAUGAUACCACUCAAUUGUAAAGGUGGUAAAGAUGAAUUCAAAAACACAGUUGUCUAUUCAACUUUUCCUGCCUCGUUGAAUGGAACGGAUUUUGGAUAUUAUAUUGAUAUGACAUUUUGUGAUAUUCCAGACGAUAUGAGAAAAAAAAUGAAAGGAUUAUAUAUUACAAAUAGUCAUUCUUUUCAACAGGAAGAUAUUGUAUUUGAUUAUGGAACUACCAAUGGAAAGAUAUCGGCAUCGCUACUUCAAGUCAUAGCACAAAAGAAUAGUGCUAGAGAGUUAGAAGUUGUUGUUGGUGUUAUUUCUCUUGUUCGAACACCCGAGAGUGGUUGGCACUUCAAUAACGAUUAUUGGCGAAGUGACAAAGAUCGAGUAAAAAGAGGUUUACAAUACAUAUUUGGAAAUGAAGCUCAAAAAGAACUUUCGUAUAAAUAA